AUGGCUCGUGUAGGCCCUGGUGGCCCCCGGUCAUGGCGUUCGCGGAACACAUUCCUAUCAUUCCUCACACUUUUAGCCUUCUCCACUAGCUUUGGUUUCGCGGACCAAACUCCCACGCCUCCGCAGAUCGCCCUGGCGGAUCCACAUUAUCCCACGACUAGCCACGAGUUUUCUCUUCGUCAUGUAUUCCAUAAAUCCAUAGAUCAACAACGCGAUCGGUUCGAUCGGCUAGAUGUGGGCCCAGAUACCCAUCUUCAGCGCAUAUCCGAUGACGGCACUGAGCUAGACCUUGAAAUCGAACCUGCGCCCUUGGUUGCGCUCUCCAGUCCGCUCAUAAUCCAGAGACUUGCAGAUCGACGAAAAAUAGUGAUCGAGAACCACCGGAAGGCUGCACAUUCGGGAUCACCCGCGGUCCUAUCAGCCGAAGCGUGGAAUAUGGAUACCUUACCAGGCCCGAACAUCACGGACAAAAACACAAUCUUGACUUUUGCACGGAUGACGGCCAAUGACUAUAUCAAAGUUCCAGGAUCAGAAGGGUGGCAGAAUAUCCGUGGCAAAUUCAACUAUUCAUCGAGCUUUGGUUGGAAAGGGGAUGCCUUAAGAGGUCACGUAUACAGCGAUAAAACCAACGAUACAGUGGUGAUUUCCUUGAAAGGAACCUCGCCGGCCCUUUUUGAUGGUUCGGGUACCACUACUAAAGAUAAAGAGAACGAUAAUUUGUUCUUCAGCUGCUGUUGUGGGCAAGGAGGAUCAAUCCUCUGGCGAGAGGUUUGCGAUUGCCAAACAGCCACCUAUUCAGCCAAUUUGACCUGCAUUAUUGAUGCUAUGUCUGACGAAAAUCGAUAUUACGCCGCUGCAAUUAAUCUUUACUAUAAUGUCACCGAGAUUUACCCCGAUGCUAAUGUUUGGCUCACUGGUCAUUCAUUAGGUGGUGCUAUGACCAGCCUCCUGGGCUUGACAUUUGGUCUCCCAGUUGUCACAUUCGAGGCGGUACCUGAAGCAUUGCCCGCUGCUCGACUGGGCUUACCCAGUCCGCCAGGUUAUGACCCUCGACUACCACAGUCACGGAAAUACACAGGCGCUUUCCAUUUCGGCCACACAGCUGAUCCUGUAUACAUGGGCAGUUGCAACGGCAUUAAUUCCUUUUGUACAUGGGGUGGUUAUGCAUUAGAGACUGCCUGUCACACUGGUCAACUAUGUACCUAUGAUACGGUAGCGGACAAAGGUUGGGGAGUGAGCCUGACUAGGCAUAGCAUCAUGCCUGUGAUUGCCGAUGUUCUCGAGGCAUAUGAUAGUGUGCCACCUUGUGCGGCGGAAGAGGAGUGUGUUGAUUGCUUAUUGUGGAAGUUCUUCCAGAGUAACGGUUCGGAGAGCACUACUACUUCCAUGACAACUUCGACUACCAAGACGACAUCUACCACCACAAGUAGAACGUCCACUUGCAAGACCCCCGGUUGGUGGGGCUGUCUCGACGAAACAACAGCUACGACUAUCACCGCGACAGCAACGACCUCAUCGCCUACAGCCCCGAGAGCGACAACUGCUACAACAACCUCUACGCAAAUGUCUAGCACUUCGAGCUCAACUCCAUCCAGCUCGUACUGCGAAACUCCUGGACUCUUCUGGGGAUGCUGGGAUGAGCCGACUUCGACGACACCGAUCACGUCAAUAUCGUCUACCUCUCCAACAGCAACGCUCAUCACUCCGGCUCCCACCGAGCCACCUGGUGUUCCGAUUUCAUCCCCGUCGAAGUCAAUCUGUGAGAGACCUGGAAUUUUCUGGGGAUGUUGGGAUGAACCAACUCCUACGACCUCAGUUACCUCCACAUCCGUUCCAUCCCCGACUUCACAUUUUUCCAAGCCAAAGUGUAAAAUACCUGGGAUAUUCUGGGGAUGCUGGGAUUAA